UCCCUCCUCAGGAUAGGACAGGGUUUGCUUUUGGCUUCUGUGGGCCUCUAAUUGUAUAACUCUGUUAAAGUUGUUAUUUUACUGUGCCUGUUGGAUCGCAAAGAAUAAAUUUAUAUUAUCCAUUAUAAAUGCCUCGACAUUUACUAAAUGCAUUUACUGAAGUUACUUCUUUAAAAGAUAACUGCAUCAUGCGUACAUACUUAUAUAUGUAUAAUGAUUAUUCAUGAAGAAACGAAUAAAAAUGGUUAACGAUUAAAGUUUAAUAUGGCUAAUCGCAAACAAGGAUGUAACAAUGCAAAUAAGAAUAUAUUAAUAUCGAUAAAUCGCUAAUAAAUAUCGAUAAUGGGAUAGUCUAAGUUCCAAUUUAAUAUAUGAGGAUGAUGUCUUAUAGUCAGUAUAAUAUUUUGCUCGUGGCAGCAUUGUGUUCAGAAUAUGAAAGCCACCCUUGUUUUUCAAAAUGGGAUUAUGUGUUUUUUUCUCACAUAAGUCAAUUGCGCUUAAAGAGGGAGUUAAUGGGAAGAAAUGAUGACAACAGAGCAUGAUAUUUUGCAAGGAACUCAAAAGAAAUGUAUUAUAAUGAGUCAGGAGUGUCCAAACUGUGGGCAACUAACAAAUGCAUCUUACUCAAGGCUUGUGAAGGAUAGCUGUGGCCAUACUAAGUGCCGAAUGUGCUUAUUGUAUGAGGAACAUGGAUGCAAAACAUGCCAAGCUGUAUGCUGCACUCAGGAUAUUCAAGACUAUAGAGAAGCAUGCUCCACAAGUAAUGAUCCAGAUGAUACAAACAAAGCAAAUAAUGAAGAAAAUAUAUUACCAUUGGAGUUGGUUAUUAAUAAAAAUACCAAGUCCAAAGAACACCACAAUUACAAUCCAACUUCUAUUGAACACAGACUUCCAAGUUUUCACCAUAAAGAUGUCUCUUUUAGCAAUAACAAAAGAGCUUAUGAAUCUGUUACAAAUGAUGCAAUUGAUAAUAAUGAUUCUGAUAAAUUGUACAUUCCAAAGGUAGAACCCAGUAAUAUGGUACUAAAUAUAGAAGCUCAUUUGAGAAAUGGAAGCAAUCAAAACGAUUUGGCAAAUUUAGAGAAUCCACAGGAUACCCAAGCAGAACCAAGACUCGAUGAGAAAACAGAGAAGAGCAAGAAUACCAAACGUCGUGAUCGCAGCCAUAUAAUGAUAGUAUCUAGCAAUCCAGAGAAGUAUCAAUGCAAUGUAUGUGGUAAAAUUUUCCGCAACAAAAAGGGCAAGUGCUAUCAUGAUGCCUGUGUGACAGGUAUCAGACCCUAUCAGUGUACCUUGUGUGAUAGAAGCUUCGUCAAACGUUCUCACUUUGAAUACCAUGAGAGGGUUCAUAGUGGACACAGGCCGCACAAAUGCACUCUUUGCGAAAAAGCUUUCCCUCAACGGAAUAAACUUAAUAGGCAUAUGUUAUCCCACAGUAAGGAGAAGCAGUUCUUAUGUUCCAUAUGUAACAAACGGUACAGUAAGCGGGAUGAUUUAAAAAAUCACUUAAACGAACACAAUGCGACAACUACAUAUACGUGCAAGUUCUGCGACAAGCCUUUCUGUAUAUUAACCAAUUUGAAACGUCAUAUGCGAACACAUACGAGCGAACGACCACACACGUGCGACCAGUGCGGCAAGAGUUUUAAAGACAAAUCCAUGUUGAUUCGGCACAAACGUACUCAUGGGAAAGAAAGGCCAUUCUCCUGCGCCCAUUGUAACCGAGUCUUUUUGUCGAAGAGCGAGCUUAGACGACAUCUGGUCGUGCAUUCAGAUGAGAAGCCGUUCUCAUGUGAAUACUGUCAAACGCAAUUCAGGCGAAAAGACAAUCUAAAUCGACAUGUAAGACAUCACCAUUCAGAAGACUUUAGCUGCGGCGAAGUGAAUAAUAAAGUGCCUCCGGCCGUUGUUAAGGCGGACCGAAACUGCUCGACGAAGAGCAGAAACCAGCAACCUCGGCAAAAGCAAAAGUCGAGAAAAACACAGCCAAAGAGCCCUGGGAAGGUAGUCGCAAACUCAACUGCAAAUUCACAUCAGAUCAACUCGCGUUUAGAUCCCAUGGGCAACAUCACGCCCGUGAUAAGAACUACGGCUGAGGUGAGCAACGCGGUAUCAGUGAUCAAUGGGCCCAUCAGCACCAGGCGGCUGGAAGAACGGGCCUGCAAGAAAAUGUUCACAUACAUGGAGCCGAUUCCCAUCGCCGAGGCGGCGGUGCUCAAUUGUCGCAUCGAGGAGAAACUGUAUCCGCAAAGUGCCAACAGUCAUAACUACUUCGUGCACAACUAUCUGAAAGAUAGAAAUUCCAAAGUCAAUUCCUAUCCCAAUAACGACAACGAUAACGAGCUCGAAUCGCGAGACAACUCUAAUGCCAUUGCGACAAUAUCUUCGUCAAUUCAGUCGUCUCUCCCGAAGACAACGACAAGUCAGGAAGAGCCCGCAACUAGCAUCCGCGAGGAUAAAUGCCAUCGAGAUGAAGGCAAAACGAAGAAGGUGGAUGAAAGUACUGGGCGAGGUGAUGAAACUUCUGUGUCUACAGAGCGUUUGGAUGCCACUUCUCCUAGAGACGAACAGUCCAAUUGUGUGUCCACUAUCAAAAAGCAUACUGUUCAACAAUUGGUAGCGGAUGGGUGCAACAGCUCAGCGAGUGGCAAUUUCGGCGGAACGGCGACACACUGUGCAACACUGCCAAAAGAUUUUCAGAAUAGCAGCAAGAGGAAGCAGAGCGACGUACAUUGGAGACGCAGAACCGCGGAGACACUGAAGCCAUGCCGUCACUGAUGUCCCGUUUGUUUUCGAUAUGUGAUACUACCAUUAUACUUAACAGAUGUGUUCACUGUGUAUGUAUGCAUGUGUUUAAGUUUGAAAGAAAUUUCGUUCGCUCGGCCUUAACGAUAAAGACGACAGUGCCUCUUAUUCGGCAGGCGAGAGAAUCUUUCUAAUCUGCCAUAGUGUGAUAUACGAGAGGUGCGAGAACUAAACUGUUGCAUAUGAUAAUUGUGUAUAAUUAUAACAUAUCUUAUUAAAUUGCCGUGCUUUUAGUUAAA